AUGGCAGAAGAUGCCAAGAUAAUUUACACGGAAACUGAUGAGGCUCCCGCCUUGGCUACGCACUCGCUGCUGCCAAUUCUCCAGGUUUUCACCAAGGGUUCGGGUAUCGAACUGGAAACUUGGGAUAUCUCGUUGUCUGGGCGUAUUAUCGCCAAUUUCCCGGAUAAACUGACGGAAGAGCAAAAAAUCCCCGACUAUCUUCGCAUGUGCGGCGAGUUGUGCUUGGAGCUGUCAGCGAACCUUGUAAAGCUGCCCAAUAUCAGCGCCUCAAUUCCCCAGCUGAAGACUGCGAUCGCGGAACUGCAGGACAAGGGCUACGAUAUUCCUGACUACCCUGACGAACCUGCGACGGACGAGGAACGCGAGGUCCAGGUUCGCUAUUCCAGGGUGCUGGGCAGCGCAGUCAACCCGGUCAUACGGGAAGGGAACUCCGACCGACGGUCCGCCACGGCAGUGAAGGAGCAUGGCAAACGGAAUCCUCAUCGGAUGAUGCAGGACUGGCCGGACGUAUCCAAAACUCGUGUUGGACACAUGAACAGCGGGGACUUCUACGGUAGUGAAGUUGCCGUUACGACGACAGAGGCCGGGACCGCCGCAAUUGAGUUUGUAGCUGGUGACGGGACCGUUACGGUUCUCAAGUCCGGUAUUCCUCUCCAGGCCGGAGAAAUUAUCGACUGCGCCGUGAUGAAUGUCAGGAUGUUGCGCCAGUUUUUCGCCGACGAAAUGGAUAAAGCCAAGGCCGACGACGUUCUGCUGUCCCUCCAUGUUAAGACCACCAUGAUGCGGGUGUCGGACCCGAUUAUUUUCGGCCAUUGCGUGUCGGUUUUCUUCCAGGACUUGUUCCAAAAGCAUGGCGAGGUGCUGGCCCAACUCGCGGUGGAUCCGGACAACGGUGUUGCCGAACUCCUUACAAAGAUUCAAGCUCUUCCUGAGGACAAGAGAGCGGAAAUCGAGGCAGACAUUCAGGUAAUUUAUGAUAACCGCCCGGCACUGUCCAUGGUGAAUUCCAGCAGGGGAAUCACCAACCUGCACGUACCAAGUGAUACGAUCAUUGACGCUUCAAUGCCCGUCAUCAUCCGCGAUGGCGGACGCUCAUGGGGUCCCGACAACGAAUUGCACGACACCGUCGCGCUGAUUCCUGAUCGCUCCUACGCGACCCUAUAUCAAGCCUCAAUUGACGACUGCAAGGAACAUGGGGCGUAUGAUCCGUCCACCAUCGGUAGCGUCGCCAAUGUAGGGCUGAUGGCCCAGGCAGCCGAAGAGUACGGAUCCCACGAUAAGACCUUUGAAGCUCCUGGCAACGGGUCGAUCAGAGUCGUAGACGCGUCAGGAAAGCCACUUAUGGAACAAAUCGUCGAGGAAGGCGACAUAUUCCGUAUGUGCCAGACAAAAGACGCUCCUAUUCAGGACUGGGUCAGGCUUGGGGUCGCUCGGGCCAGGAUCACAGGCCAGGCGGCCAUAUUCUGGUUGGAUCCGAACCGGGCCCACGAUGCUGAGUUGAUCAAGAAAGUAAACCAGUAUCUGCCCAGCCAUGACACGACCGGUUUGGACAUUAGCACAAUGUCUCCCAUCGAUGCCGUGCGGGCGACGAUGGCUCGCAGCCGAGCCGGCCAGGACACGAUUGCAGUGACCGGCAACGUGUUGCGGGAUUAUUUGACCGAUCUCUUCCCCAUCCUGGAAUUGGGCACCAGCGCCAAGAUGCUUUCGGUCGUACCCCUUCUUAAUGGCGGCGGUUUGUUCGAGACUGGCGCGGGUGGAUCGGCGCCCAGGCAUGUGCAGCAGUUCCUGGAAGAGGGACAUCUACGGUGGGAUUCGCUGGGAGAAUUCUGCGCUCUGGUUGCCUCCUUUGAGCAUUUCGGCGAGGCGCUAAACAGCGAUAAGGCAAGACUGCUUGCGGAGACCCUCGAUCAGGCGAUAGGGGAGCACCUGGAGUACCAGAGGGCGCCCUCACGUCGGGUAAAUGAGCUGGAUACUCGCGGGAGCCAUUUCUACCUCGCCCUUUACUGGGCGCAGAUGCUGGCCAACCAGAACAAGGACCAGGAGAUGCAAACCCGCUUCACCGAAGUAGCCCGGCAGUUGACUGACAGCGAAGAGAAAAUCGUACAAGAGUUGAACGAUUCUCAAGGACAGCCAGUUGAUAUCGGCGGCUAUUACCGCCCCGACAGUGAUUUGGCGGCCAAAGCCAUGCGCCCCAGCGCAACCCUGAAUGCGAUUUUGGACGCAAUCUAG